AUGUCGUUCUAUGGUCAAAGUGGUUCGCAAGCGUCCGGGACGAAUCACCGCAGGACUUGGAAUGAGGUAUUUGUUUGAUAAUUGUGUUCGACAAUUUUAUAAAUUUUUGCAGACCGAGUAUUCGCUAAAAGCGCACCAGAGAGUCCUCGACGAAAAAGAGGCGGAAGACAUCCGUUUAGGGAAGAAAAAGAAAGAUGAGCCGAAAGUGAAAAGAGAAAUGUUGAAAGCCAGAGAGUAUAAGGUUGACAUAUUGAAUAAGCUUUGACAAAACUAUUUUCUUACAGGUAGACUUGGACUCGAAGGUAGGAAAGUCGGUGGUUAUCACCAAAGCAACGCCUUCUGCUGAAACCGGUGGCUUCUACUGCGACGUCUGCGAUUGCGUCGUCAAGGAUUCAAUCAAUUUCUUGGAUCAUAUUAACGGAAAGAAUCACCAAAGGAAUAUCGGAAUGUCGAUGAAAACGAGAAAAAGCACAGUGGACGAUGUAAGAGAGAGAUUCAAACUUUUGAAGGAGAAGAAGGAUCGAGAGAAGAAGGAGCAGCAAGUGGAACAACUUCUGGAGGAUGUACAAGAGGAAGAAGCAAGGAUGGCUGAUUUCAAAAAAGAGAAGAAGACAGACAACCGGAAAAGAAAGCGAGAAACGCGGAAAGACGAGGAAGAAGAGGAGGAGGAUGACGACGGUCUCGAUCCGGAGAUCCGCGCCAUGAUGGGCUUCUCCGGUUUCACCACUAGCAAGCGAUGA